CACUCUCGCCUGACAUGGAAGACAAAUAUUAACCACAAUAUUCCCCUCAUUUUGCAAUAUAAAUACAGGUUGCAUGUAGCUUCCCUGACCCAGCAUCGAGCAGUACUGAAUUGCGAGUUCUAGACAAAUUUGUGCUUGCAGAAAUGUCCAUCUAUGGCGAAGUGCACAACCCUUUCAAUAACUUUGUUGUUUGGGAUCCCUACCAUCGUGACAAUCACUUUGGAGCCCCUUUCGCUGCACCACGCCCAGCUUUCUCCUACGAAGCAACAGUGCCCCUUGUUAGUACCAAGAUACACUGGAAGGAGACUCCAGAGGCACAUAUGUUCAGAGUUGAUCUUCCUGGGCUUACAAAAGAUGAAGUGAAGGUGGAGUUAGAGCAAGGCAAUGUCAUUUGCGUAAUUGGUGAAAAGAUUAUCGAGAAAGAAGAGAAGGCCGACCAUUCGUACCAUUUGGAACGUAGUGGUGGCAAGUUUGUUCGAAGCUUUAGGUUGCCUGAGAACUCAAAGGCUAAGAACAUGAAGGCUUGUAUGGAAAAUGGGGUGCUUACCAUCACAGUUCCCAAGAAGGACAUGAAUAAGACCUCCAGACUCAUCCACGUUGGAUGAAGAUGAAACUCCUGUCGCAUUACUCUAUGAGCAAAUAAUUUAAUAAAGAAGAGGCUUCUCUCUAACUUAAUUCUAA